CAGAGAGUAUUCAACCUGAUAGAACCAACGCUUUAAAAUGGCAUACAAGACCACCGCCGAGAAGAGAGCUAGAAAGCUUCUCGUUGACCACCUCAAGACCAGAAAGAUUAAUGGUGCCCGUAUUGCCGAAGGUGUGAAGACUGCCGAAGAUCUUGAAAGACUUCAACUCGCUCCACAAGUUUUCCUUUUCAAGAAUCUUUUCUCAGGACAAGUUUUAUACUCCCAAGUGCCUGCAUUCCACCAAGAUCAAAUUGAUGAACAAUUUGUCAGACCAAACUGGCAAAAUAGAAAGCCUAGCAGAAGAAAUGACUUGUGGAGAAUCAUGUGUGUAGCUGAAUUUGCCAACUAUGAGUAUGCCGUAGCUGCAUACCAUGGAUUGGUAAAGCUUAGAAAGGCUAGAGACACUGUUUUGAAGAAAGAAGCACAAACUUAUAGAAAGAAGAACGACGAUGGUAACAUUUGGUUUUCUGGUCAAUAUAGACCAACUUUUUCUCAAGAAGCUGUAGCAGACUUGUCUCAUGUUAUUGAUGAAUUUGAGUUGGAAGGAACCCGUUUAAUAUGGGAAAACAUCUGGAGAAAGGGUGCUGACGAACACUGGGGUAGCUUGGUGCAGCAUGAAAGCUUGCCAGCCCACAGUCCUAGACACGAAGGGAUAUUAUUGAACGAGUUGAGAGAAAAGGCUGUUGAAGAAUUUGCCAGAGCUAGAGUUGAAGCUGGAAUCCAACAAUAAACCCAUUAAUUUGUAGAUCAGAAAUGGGCAUUAGGGCCACCCUUUUGCAUUCCCUAAUCCCAAUAAAGAAUGAAUGUAUAGCACAAUGUAUAUAGUACUAAAUUAAACAACAAAGUUAAA